AAAAAGCUUCGCUUAUGCCAAGAAAAAGAACUACACCAUGUCAUGUCGCUUUUGUUGAAUUUAAAAAACCAGUUUUCUUUUAAUUUAAAUUAAAAAAGGACUAUAACAAGUAAAAGAAUAAUUAGUUAGUAUAUAUUGGUCUUUUCUUAUAUCAUAUUCUUUUCUCUGGCUUCACGAGAGAGUAUUUUGAAUGGUCACCGGUGGAUGGUAAAAGCACACUGAUCUGAAGGAGCGAAGCAUAUAUGCGCUAUUUUUUUUAGUUCUUACAAUAUUAGAAAUAAAUUUGCAGAUAUACUAAAACCUACAGACGAGCUUUUCAACUUGUUUUGACAAGAAAGACAUAAAGUGAUAUCGCAUAAACGAAACCGAACAAAUCUUUAACGAUUUGGAGACUUGGCUGUUUAAUGAUUUAUAGAAAGUGAAUGGCUCAAGUUGUAGAGUUUAAGGAUUUAUUCGACUUUGGCCAUGGAUAUUAUACCUGGUCAUUACCAGACAUAACAGCGACUGCGUAAAGAGGACCAACAACCAUAUAUCUUCGCUGCUAAUAAAUUUUCUAGUUCAUAGGUUAUUCAUAGAGAAGAGAAUUUUACUUAUGUCCUACAAGACAAGGACAAAGGAUAGGAAUGUUUCUCGUUUAUGUAUCGGUUACCAUUAUCCUUGAUAUCAAGUUUCCGAUGAGAGAGAAUAUAAGAAAGCCUCAUCCUGCCGUUUAUGGUGAAACCUAGGCGUAAGAAGGAAAAUCUUUUACUUCUAUUUUCAGUUGAUUGACUUUAGAUUAUCAAAUUAUUCUCUUAUGGAUAGGUAUACACUAUCUUUCUUGAAAAAAACCGGACUAGCGAAUGAUGUUCUCGCGGCGUCGACAAAUAAUCUAUUCAUUCACAAUCUCGCUUCUGGUAAAGGCGAUGAGGAUUCUUUUCGUAAAUGGCUCUAUGAAGAUCGACUGUACGUCCAAGCUACCUCUUUGUUCUUAGCAAGAAUCAUUGAGAGUUUUUGCAAGGAGCUUUCUCCUGGCAUUUCUGAAGCAUUGAAUCUUGCUUUGAGGGCAUAUCAAGUUAUUCGUCCAGAGAUAGACAGCUUUAAUAAAAAGUGCAAAGAGAAAAACAUAGCUCUUCCCGAGUUGCCUUGUGUUCCAACUAGCUGGGAGAAAAACUUACUCGAAAACGAUCCCCAUCAGUAUGCUUCUCUUUCCUCACCUGCCUGUUAUGAAUAUAUUUUAUUUGUCACAAAAGCAAUGUUUGAAAUACCGAAUACCAAGCCUACCGAUUUCUACUUAGCAUUUUAUAUGAACGAGCUAAUUUAUCAUCGCUCUUGGAAGUAUGUUUACGAAUCUUCUCUUUUUCAAAAACGCUCUAUGCGAGACAUGGAGUUUAUCUCUUGGUGGGCAAAAGAUGAGUUUGCCAAAUUUGUUGAAAACCUUGCUUGUUCAGCUGAAGGAGUCACUAUAAGUGAAACGACUAUUUUCAUUUUAAGAGAGAUUUGUCGUUACGAACAGCAAUUCUUUAACAGCGCUCUUUCCUAGACUGUUGGUUUGCCUAGCAUUUACCUUUUUAACUUGUAUGAUAUUUAAAAAAAUAAGAAACUCUUCCUUUUCUUAGUACGCGCUUCCUAAAACCCUUCUUUUUUUUACCUUUGGAAUUUUAGCUCAUAUUGACAACCCGGCCUUUUUUACAUCUACUUCCUUCCUCC